AUGAGUAUGAAAGCAUUAAAAGUGGUACAACAUACCGUACGCAUACGCCACCGAAGGGUUAUGCUCAUUCCUCACGAUUGUAUCGCCAUCCGCAUACCAAGCGAUCUCGUCUCCGUGCCUAAUCUCUCUGGGGCUGCCAGCACCAAAUCAUUAGGCCCCAUUCACUCCCAACUAUGAAAAAUAAUAACAACGAGAAUGUCACUUGGAGGAACCUCAGCGGACGGAACCGGACUGUAACAGUAAUGUUCUCCAUGGGCCUCUCGGCGUCCAUGGCCGCAUUGUCCGGGACGAAGCGCUGAGGCCUACUCCACGCUGAGGAGGACGCCGGGGAGCUCUGGCAGUCGGUCGCCACAGCAUCUGGCGCCUGCCUUGAGGAGGACGUAGUGGUUGAGGACGGCGAGCUAGCCGCCGUCUUCGCCAACCCCGAGCCAGACGACUUCUUCUGCCUCGGCGUCUGCCUCGGCGUCUGCCUCGAUUCCAUGAGGCCGAGGGCCCUGGAUCAGGGAAGCGCGGAGAGGAACCACACUACCGAAGAUGCUCCUCCAUCCUCGACCUGCCCAAUCGGAGGUGGAUAUAGAGCAUCUGGAGCAGCAUUCCUCCUGAAACGCGCAGAUAGAGAUAGAGAGGGAGAGAAAGAGGGAGAGAAAGAGGGAGAGAGAGAGGAAGAGAGAGAGAGAGAGAGAGAGUGGAAGGGGGGGGGGGAAGUGGCGGGUGGGGACGGGAGGAAGUGGAAAGGGUGGGAGGAAAAAGGCGUUGAACAGAGCGAGAUUUCAGAGGGGCCGUUUGUUUACUAUGUUUAAACUCGGAAUUGCCCUCGCCUUUAUUAUUUUCUUGCCUUUCAAAAGACUCCCUUCCCUUUCGGAAGAGAGAGAAAGUGGGAGAACCGCGUCCGACGGAAACGAUGUCUCUCUAUCUCAUACCCUCUCUCUUCCUUUCUCUCUCUGUGCCUCGACCUUUCUCUCUCCCUCUAUCUCCGCCCGUCCGAAGGAAACACCUCUCUCUCUCUCUCUCUCUCUCUCUCUCUCGCUCGCUCUCUCUCCCCCUCUCCGCUUUUCGUCCGAAGGAAGACCUUUGUACAAAUUAUAUUUUCACAAGGUAAGACCUCAAUUAUUCUUGACGCUUAGGUCUCUUUUGCGAAAAAAUAGAUUAAUAAAUAAAAUUAUACCAAUAAAGUCUAUAAUUAGACCAAUGGAAAGCAAAACGGACAAUUUUCGGGUUUUAUUUUCUAAAUAAUAAAUCAAUCAUCGUUUUACUAGUAAAAGUGCAUUUGAAGUGAGAGUAGAAUGAUAAUAACGGUCUUCUACAAGUUUUAAUCUCUAACAAAAACCAUUUAUUUUUCAGGUUUUUAAAAUAAUACUUUUAAUAUUUUCAGCAUAGGAUUAAUCGAUUUCAACGUUUUAUUAUAUCACGAUUUUUAGUGAUAUUUAUCUAUUUUAAGAAGGAUCCGGGAAUUUUUCCUAAUUUAUACAUGUAUUGAUCAAUAUUAACAUUUUCUAUUAUUUCUUAUAAUCAGAAGUUCCGAUUUGGAGGGAACUAUCUAUUUCAUUGCUAUUUUGAGAAAAAACUAUAAGCAAGGGAAGCACAACGUGUCACAUGCCACGAACAUUUGUCGUGAAGGCUGGCGCCGGUCGUCCUAUCGCAGCCAAUCGUUUCCCUCGACGCGUCCGAUCCAGCUGUCUCUCUCUGGCGAGAUCGAGCCGCAUUGGAAGGGAAGAGUCGUUCCCCGCAAUCUGUGCCGUCAAAUUUCCUCGAGAAAAAUCCUAAUAUUCUAAUAAACACGUGAUUAAAUUAUUCUCCUCCCUCCCCGAAAUCGCUUUUUUUUAGCGCUCUCGCUCUCUCUCUCUCCACGGCGUUCAUAGUGAGAGAAACGUUCACAUGGGAGGCUAUCUCUCUCAACUCUCUCUCUCUCUCUCUCUCUCUCUCUCUCUCUCUCUCUCUCUCACCGAACUUUCCCAGAUGUCUUCAAGGUGA